UCGCCUACAGCCCCGCGCUGCGGCCCGCCACCGCUACCACCACUGCUGCUGAGGCUAUCCCAGACGCGACGCCCGCUUGCACAGUGACCAUGGAGCGCCCCGGAGCGGGAGGAAUUAAUUCCAAUGAAUGUGAAAAUGUAUCAAGAAAAAAGAAAAUAUCAGAGGAAUUUGAAGCCAAUACUGUGGAUUUCCUGGUAGAUAUGCCAUUUGCUACUGUAGAUAUUCAGGAUGACUGUGGAAUCACUGAUGAACCUCAGAUAAAUUCGGAGAGAAGUAAAGAAAAAGAAAGGAUCAAGAGUGAUCGAGUAAAGAAGAGGAAACCAAAGCGAAAAGAUUACCAACCCAACUAUUUCCUGUCCAUUCCAAUCACCAACAAAGAGAUUAUAAAAGGAAUUAAGAGCCUGCAAAAUACAGUAAUACAACAAGAUAAGCGACUGGCCCAAACAAUGGUCAGAGAUGGUUCCUUUCAUAUUACCCUGCUGGUGAUGCAAUUAUUAAAUGAAGAUGAAGUAAACAUUGGUAUUGAUGCUCUUUUGGAAUUGAAACCAUUCAUAGAAGAACUCCUCCAAGGAAAACAUUUGAUUUUGCCCUUUCAAGGAAUUGGCACUUUUGGAAAUCAGGUUGGAUUUGUGAAGCUGGCGGAAGGCGAUCAUGUAAACUCACUUUCAGAGAUAGCAAAGACUGCAAAUAGGACAUUUCAAGAAAAAGGCAUCCAGGCAGGAGAGAGUAGAAGUUUUAAGCCUCAUUUGACCUUCAUGAAGUUGUCAAAAGCACAGUGGCUCCGUAAGAAUGGAGUGAAAAAAAUAGAUCCUGAUUUAUAUGAAAAGUUUAUCAGUCAGAGAUUUGGAGAAGAAAAAUUAUAUCGCAUAGAUCUUUGCUCCAUGGAGAAGAAAAAACAAAGUAAUGGUUAUUAUCACUGUGAAUCUUCCACUGUGAUUGGCAAGAAACCUAUUGGAAUUCAAGAAUUAAUUAAUGAAGCUUUGCAUCGAGAAACGAUGGGCCUGAAGUCCAAAGUGAAAUAGAUAAAGGAGCUUUUAUUAAAGCCUGAGACUCAGGCCAAAAUUAGGAGGGAGCUUUUUGAAGGAAGACUUAUUAAUAACAGUAAUCCAGCAAAUGAUGCUAUUUUCAGCACAACUUUGACAUAAGCUCUACAUUGCAACUGUGGCAACAUAGUCUCUGAAAUCUUUCCAGUUUACUAAGUAGCUCUUUGGUAAACACCAAAGAAGUUUCUGAUAGUGUCUGCACAACAGCAAAACCAACAUUUGGUGGGGAAUUAGCAAUUUCUUGCCAAAGAAAACUGAUUCUGCCCUGUUAUUUUUUGAGCUAAACUUGUGUUUUAGAAUGUCUGUUUCUGUGAUAUUGAGAGUUAUUUAAUACAAAUGAUUUCUUAAUUAGCUGUUGUGAGAUAUUUCUCGGGUCCUUGCAGAAAAAAAUACAGACUGUGAAGAAAUCAUUCACAAAUAGAACAAAACAGAGCCAACGACAGUAUUUGAAGAGUCACUUGCCUCCUGUUGACAUGAUUGUUGCUAAAUCAAAAGAAGCAUUGUCCAGGUGUGUCUAUAUCUAGUAUUACUUUUAAUGAGAAUUUGAAUGUUUAUUGAACAAUAGUAUUUGAAUGAACAUUUAUAAAUGUAAUUAUUGUGAUCACUGUUUAAGAAUGUUUUAUAUAUCCUUAUAAUAUUUUUCACUGAUCAAAAUGUAGUUUGUUUUUUCAUUUCUUAAGGAAUUCAUGUUUGGGAUUUUUAUUUUUUACAUUUCUGAAGAUAAGCUCCAGGUCUUAUCAUAUCCCUUGUAAUCUGAAUGUGUUUGCACUGGUUUGGUUUUAAAGAGCAUUCUGGAAAAACUUUCCCUGGUAUGAUGAUUAUUGGUAACAGUUUUUUCUAUAGUCAUUGCAAGAUGGCUGCUACCAAUAGAUCAUGAUGGAGGGGAAAUCACUGGAGAUCAAAUAUGUAAAAAUCAUUUCAAAUAUAAAAUCCAAUUUACUCAUGGAUUUUAGCUAUUUUUUCACUGAGUAAAUUAUACUACAUUUAUUUACAAAUGAGUUUAUGCAUUUUCAUGGCUCUUAAUAAACAUAUUAUUUUCCCAUAAAUAAAUAAAUAAAAAUUAAAAAUUAAUUAACAUUAAAAUUUUUUAAAAAAGGAUUCUGAGGUCAAAUCUAGCUCCUGAAGUAGUCACAUGAUCAAGCAGCAAUGUUUGCCAGGAGCAGAACAAGGGACAGUGGCAAUAUCCAUGCCACACAAUUGUCUUCUUCAUUUUUGAUAAUGGUCUUUUCUACAAAACAUACUCCAUAUCCACAACCACUUUCAGUAUAAACAUAAGAAAACUGGUAAUGACAUUACAUAUUAGGGUCAUUUUGCAAAUCAAUAAAUAAUACAUGUUAAAGAUUAAACAGCCUGUGAGUCAGAAAGGCUUUAACAUUUCCCUGCCUGUCACAAGUAGAGCAUGGAAAGAAAAUUCUACCCUUUCCCUUCUCUAUACCUCUAUUUUCCUGCCUAAGAUGAGGGUAAUACAUGUUAUCUCCCAAGAGCAUCUUAAGCCUUAAUAACUUAGAGGCACAAGAUGAGCCCAAAAAACAGAUGAACUGUUACUAGUGUUUGUGGCUGUACCACUUUGUGGGGGAAAGGAAUAAUGUUAGAACCUGAAUGUGCUAUUCUCUAUGAAGAAUACUUACCGAUUUCCAAAUGUACAAAUAAUUUCAACACAAAUGAUAUCAAUCAUCUUGAACUUUGGUCUUAAGAUAAACUAGUCUGACAGCUCCACUAUAAAGUUUACGUUAUGAAUAUUAUCAUUUCAUUUGAUGAGCUACCUACUGUCUUCAAAUGUUCAUGAAACUUUCCCUUACAUUUGCUUAUACUUUUGAAGUAAAAUAAACAUUGUAAUUCUGCCUCAUUUUGGUAGCCAUGCUGUCUUUCAUGCACUUUACCUAAUUUGUAAUCUGUUAGGUGUCUAAAAAAUGCAUUCAUUAACAAUUUGAAAAA